GUUCCAUGGUGGUCAAGUGGGUACCUUCGUUUCCCCGCUUCGCAAGCUCUCCGUCGGCGUGGCUGCUGAGGCGGGGAAGAAGCAUGUGUUUUCAGAUGCAUGGGGAAGAUAAUAUAAAGAGCACUAAACUAGAUUUAUUCUAUCCUUAUAAUUUAUAUUGCCAAGUUAACAUUUGAACCUGAAGCUCAAAAUGAGGAACUGCAAAGAUUGGAGAUGUUUGAGUUAAUGUAAUCAAAACAGCAUCCCCAAAAAGUACUGAAGAAAAAUUCUUGAGUAGUAAAAACAGAAAACAAUUGAAUAAUGGAAGAAUGGAUUCACCAAAGAUGGUUAAAAUAUAAAACAUUUGAUCUAGAAUACCCUGUGAGUUGCAAGAAAUCAUGCUGAGAAUCUAGAAUACUUCCCAAAAAUGAAAAUCUCCGUACUCCGUUACUUCAAAGAGUCAUUUACUGAAGCUUUAACUACUGUACCUGUGAAGUUAAAACACUGGAAUGUCCUGAAGAACUAAAUAAGAAUUAAAUUCUUUAUGAAGAAAAUGAAUCUUUCUCGAACUGAAAAUCCUUGCUUUCUGCUUCUCUUGGUAAUCUUUCAAGUUAUAUUCAUCUUGAUACUUUACCGAGGCAGCAGUUCAGUUUUAUUUCAGGGUUAUUUAGAAGUACCCAAGUCAUUGGACUAUUCAAAAUCAAAGGAUGUCUAUAUAAAUCUUAGUUUGUUUACUCCUGCUCCUGAUAAGGCCACUAUGCAGACUUGUACACCACAGUCAGACAUAAUUGUUGGAUUCUUAAGUAUCACCUUUGAUACACUACACAGUGAAAGAACAAUUAUCCGCAAAAAUCCGUAUGUCCGCUCAGGUGGCUGCUAUAGCCCACCUCAUUGUCUAGCCCGUUACAAAACUGCUAUCAUUGUACCAUGCAGAAAUUGUGAGAAGCAGUUGCACCACUUUCUUUAUUACCUUCAUCCCUUUCUCCAACGUCAGCAGCUUAGCUACUGUAUCUACUUGAUUCAUCAGGCUGGAAGUGGUCCGUUUAACAGAGCAAAGCUCCUUAAUGUUGGCGUCCGUGAGGCCCUGAAAGAUAAUGAUUGGGACUGUCUGCUUCUACAUAAUGUGGAUCUUGUUCCAGAAAAUGAUUAUAAUCUUUAUGUCUGUGAUGAAUAUUAUCCCAAACACCUGUCCACUGCUAUUGACAAGUUAAAUUACCGCCUGCCAUAUUCAUCCUUUUUUGGUGGUGUUACUGCUUUGACCCCAGACCACUACAUGAAGAUAAAUGGGUUUCCAAACACAUACUGGGAGCGUCUUGGUGAAGAUGAUGACAUUGCAAAAAGGAUCCAUAUAGUCGGAAUGAAAAUAACUCGGGUUCCUUUUCGUGUUGGACGUUACAAAAUGAUGGAUUAUGGACAAGCAACUAGCCCUUUACUGAACCUGGAAAGGCCUGCUGAAUUGCGUACUUCCCAAACAUGGAAAGAUGAUGGAACAAAUUCCCUUGUCUUCGAGCUCUGGGAAAAGAAGAAAAAACAUCUUUAUACUUACAUUAUAGUAGACAUUGGAGAUAUACCAGCGCUACCAUCUCCAAGCAAAAGAGAAAGGAACAACAUUUGACUUUGGUAUCAUCUGAAGCUUUCAAAUCUUGGAGCUAUUUACAAACUAAACUCACCAGGAAAGCAAGGAGGGAAAAGGCAUUUAAGAGUACAUUCCUUCAGAGUGCAUUUGACCAAAUAAAGCAGCAGCCUAAUACAGGGUACUGAAGAAGCCAUGUCUGGGGUUGUGUGGUUUCUCCUCGUUGACAUUAGCAACACAGACAAUACAUACCCUGUCUUGUUCUGCAGUAAACACUUAGGAGCUAGAAAGUGGCAGUAGUUCUGCUAUAGGACUUGCCAAGUACCAGCAACUGAUUACCCUAUAAACAAUUGCAACAUAUCCACUGAACCCUGUGCGCUCUUUUCUAACUGGCACAAGUCUGCAUAGCAAACGUUCAUCCAAAAAACGUUACAUUAAUGUGGAUAUUUGUUAUUACUACUGUUUUUAGUAAUUAUCUGAAUACAAAUUUGGAGUUUACCUACAGAUCUCCUUUUGAAAGGUUCUUCACUAGAAAUUCAGUUUUCUAUACCCAUAUUUUAAGACAGCUAUUUUAAAUUAUACUUCAAGAGUGUUACUUUUAAAAUAGCAUUUUAGCGAAUUUUAAUAAACAUUAAUUAAUAGCAUUAGUAAAUAUUUAUCUUAUGUAAGUAUUCAGAUGAACUGAUUGCCUGCUUUUCUAGUCAACACGUUUCACUGGGGUCUCAUGUUAUUUAGAAGAGUUUGAUGUUUGCAGAGAUUCAAACUGAUGAGAUAGAGCAGCUGUUUAUGUAUUUGCCAUAUUGUAAAUCUGGAAGUGAAUGGAUGUGGAGACUUACCCUGUGCUAUAUCCCACAUAUACAGCUCACUGAAUCAUCACAGCAGACUUCCUAUGGAAAGGCAGAGUAGUAAAUCUAAAUAUUUAAGCAAGACUGCUGUUUGUUAAAAGCAACAAAGCACCAAUCUUGAAUCUAUUCCCCUCUGCCCAUUUGUAAAUCAGUGGGGAAAAUAAGCAGAGUUGUUUGCCUUGCACAUCUAUGAUGUGGCUUACUGGUAGCCACCUUGAAAAUAAA